UUAUCAUAUACAGCCGCUCAUGCGUGAGCUAAUCGUAUAGUAUUUGAUUUGGGUAGUAACUUGUAUUUCAACUUGCCAAAAUCAAACGCAUAUAAAAUAUGUAUAUGGUACUUAUACAAGCAUGUGUAUGGUGUUUAACCACUUCCUUACAGUCUGAUCUGGAACAUAACACACAAUUUUCUAACCCACAGGCACUGGAAACACCUAACCAUUAAAUAUUAAGUUGCAAUUGUAAUUAUCUUCUAGAAUUUAAACUAAAAAUCUGUAUCGGAUGGUAUGCGUACUUACACUUGUUGAAUCAUUUGUGGACACUUUAUCUUGCUACAUCUUUUGCGACAGCAUUAAAUUUUUACAACAUGACAUUUAUUUAAAUAGUUGUCUUCUUGUCUUUUAUCAAUAAUGGUGUUGUUACUUGUCACGCAAGAUAUAGUAUAUCGAUUAUAACAAGACGGGUGAAUGGGGACAAUUUUAUAAAUUAAAUACUCAAAAUUAUAAUUCAUAAUUUUAUUGGUAUGAUACACUUUGUUCAUAUCACUUUUUUUACGGAAAAAUCAUUUUUUGUUAUACAAAAUGGAUUUGACUUAUUAAAUCAAUAGGUCUGACGCAUUUGUGUUUUGCAGACGACCUGUUGAUUUUCACGUAGGGGUUUUGUUUCGUUGGCGAAACUCGCGUGUUCAAUGCGCACUGUAUUCAAGUAAGCACAAACACAAAAUCAGCAAAAUCGUCAAAUAUCCGCCGCCGAAGUCAGCGCCGUUGAUUUGAUCGAUUAAAGCAGAAACCAAGACGAUCGUCAAAUAUCCGCCGCCGGUAUCGGCGUCGUUGAUUUGAUCGAUGCACCUUUGACCUCUAAUCAAACAACCGUUACUCGGUUCACCACCUCUCCAAACUACGUUCGAACGAGGGUGUUCGACGAGAAACGAGAAACCAAACCGAGAGUAUUCUGAGUUACGUUACCUCUACUCCUAUGGAGGUUCCUCUGGAGAGCUCCGCGACUACGACUACAAGCUACGACUACGACUCUGCAAAGGAGGUCUUUGACAGAGCGGUUCUACGAAAACUAGAGAGAAAACGAUAAAUUCUGCGAUGGUGCAGUUGUGAUUUGAUUUUGCCGUCUAGAGCUUCUCUCUCUUCCUGAUGUUUAUACUGCAAUCUUUUGCCCGUAGUCGUGGUAACCGCCCUCGCGCCUUUAUCUCCCACGUCUUCAUUCCCGUCAACCGUGCAAGUAACUUCCUCCCUGUUGCGUGAUAAUCACGUGCCCUCGAAACCGCUCCUGUUUGCAUAAACUUGGCGAAACGACGUUGAGCCAAAUCCUACAAUCUUGUCCAUGUAACGAUGUCGUUUCACCAAUACCGCGACAUCACCUUUCACUAAUCGAUGUCGUCAAACAAUGUCGUUUUCCAUUCCGCGACACUGUUUUGUUUUUCAACCAAACUGUACCGUUGGUCUUUCCGCGGCCUCGCUAAAAACGGUACUGUUGUUCCUGUCUUGCAGUGCUGUUGGUCUUGCCGGUACCAGCCUUGCGGUGUUGUUUUCUUCCCCAACCAGCCGUUUGUUUUUUCUUCCACGACACUGUUUAUUAUUAAACACUGUCGUUUGCUAGUAUAGCGGUACCGUUGGGCUUCCUCGCGGUACCGUUUUUAAUUCCGCGGCACAGUUUUAGAUUCCGCGGCACCGUUUUAGAUCUCCGCGGUGCCGCUUCUCCCUAUCCAACAAGGAAUAAAAAAUUAUUUAAAUUAAUUAGAGCAAACAAAAACUCCUUCCCCAACUACGACUAAACGCGCGGCCGCUCUUUUGUUUUUUGGUGACCGGUGCCGUUUCCAGUGUCGCGGUACCGCUGAGCUUCCUUGCGGUACCGUUUUUUGUUCCGCGGUAUCGUUUAAUUUCAAACGACGCCGUCUUUUUACCCACGGUAUCGAAUUAAAUGCCGAGACUAAUUAAUGCGGCAUUUAAUUCCGGCCAAAUUAAUUUUAGGUGUCAACAGGUUUGGUGCAGCUCUGUUGAUAGUGAAGCAGAUUCUUGAUAGGUUAUAUUCUCAAUCAGGCUUGAGAUGUAAUCCUCAGAAAUGUGAGGUCUUUUUUGGUGGCAAAGCUCUGGUGUACAAGGAGCAUGCACUGCGUGUUUCUGGGUUUGCAGAAGGGCACCUGCCGGUUCGUUAUCUCGGUUUGCCACUAAUAGCUGGGCGUUUGACUAGUAAAGAAUGUGCAGUGUUUGUGGAUAAGCUCACGAGUGGUAUUAGAUCCUAGAGAGCUAAUUCCCUAUCUUAUGAAGGUAGAAUCCAGCUGGUUUCCUUUGUCUUGUAUUCUCUUAUACAGUUCUGGAUGAAUAUCUUUGUGCUUCCGAAGAAUGUGAUUGCUCAAAUUCAUAAAUUUGUUCUGAUUUUUUAUGGUAUGGUGAGGGUACGGGCAGAGCUAAAGUAGUGUGGGGAAAUCUUGCUAUGCCUAUGAAGGAGGGUGGUGUGGGUUUUAAUGACCUGCAUUCUGUUAGAGAGUGGUAUAAGAUCCACGAUUGAACCUCUUCCAACAACUCGAGUUAUUGGGACCAACUGGUUCUUGAUAUAGUAUUAGAGCCUAGAACCGAAAGGUCAUGUGUUCGAAUCUCCACGACCCCCAAUAUUAACCGUUGUCUUUCAAGCACAUGGUAUGGUGGGCCUGUGCAAACUUCAAGUCCAUGAGUUGGCUUUCGUUUGAGGGGGCAUAUUAGAGAGUGGUAUAAGAUCCACGAUUGAACCUCUUUCAACAACUCGAGUUAUUGGGACCAACUGGUUCUUGACACAUUCCUGGAAUGUGGCAUGUUUGGCAAGGCUUAUCUGACUCCUUUGGAUGAAAGGAGGGAGUUUUUGAGUGGCAUGGAUAUAUAAAUACAGGAUUAAGGACCUCUCUUUUUGGGAUCUACCUCCUUCUUCUAUUGGUUCAUGGAUUUGGCGCAAGCUUUUACAGUUGCGUGGAUGGUUUCAGUUUUGGAUGACUAUCAAUGCCCAAAAUGAAGUUUUUUGGGAAGGGCUGAUUAUGCUUAAGUUUAGGGUACAACAGGUGUGGAACUCUAUUCGAGUGAGGCGUCAUGUUGUACCAUGGUGGCAGCUACUUUGGAGUAAGUAUGUGAUCCCAAGAUCCUGGAUUGUCACGUGGCUGGUAAUACUCAACAGAAUCACUACGAGGGAUAAGCUGAAGGACUGGGGCAGAAUCACGUAUGAUACUUGUCUUCUUUGCUCGAGAGUGGGUGAGACUAGAAGUCAAUUAUUCUGUGAAUGUCAUUAUAGUACAGAGUUAUUUGAUGAACUGUUUGGCAGGAUGGGUAUAAGUUGGUCGAGUGAUUGGGAGGGAUUCCUGCAGGAAGCAAGUCAAGUAGCAAGGUGAGGAGGUGCCCAGGGACGUUGUUUUUCUGUCCUGUGGAGCUGGUUUGUAGGUCUGAUAUGGCAGGAGCGAUGCAAACGCCAUUUUGAAGGAGUUAAAUGUCCAUGGCAGCAGUUGUUUGCUCAGAUGAAGCGGGAUGUUAUGUUACUUUCGUUGGGAAAUGACCAAUUUCGUACGAAAAUGCAAGUUAUUCCUUUUUGGAGGGAGUUUGUUUAGGUAGAGUUCAGCUGUUGUUUGUUGUUUUGUGGACGUUUUGUCCUUGUAUUUUGGACCGCCUUUACCGAUUUGGUUAAAUGGAGCAUCAAUGAAAGCCUAAUUACCGAAAAAAUGGAUCUGACUGAUCGUUAGGGUUUUAAUAAUAUUCAAAAUUAAAAAUGAUAAUUUGAGUUUAACUCACUAGACUGAUCAGUUCAAUCCAUCUAAUAAAAAAUUCAACUAAUUAAAUUAUUUAAUUCAAAUUCAUUUAGAUUGGUAUAUUCAUGAAUUAUUGGUAAAUUACAUCAUAAUAUCUACAUUUUUAUUUUGAUACCUAAAUCUUGGUAAAUUACAGCAUAAUAUCUACAUAAUAUUGGGCAUUGAUCCUCUGAAAAUCUUGGAGACGGUAAUAUAUAUAGUGGUCAAGGACCAAGGCAAGACGUCUAUUUUAUUAUAUGAAUUGUAUAUUAUCCAUGAAUAACCUUCUCAUAACAACUCAAAAUAUUCGGAUCAUAUGAUCUGUGACAUGGUACUAGAACUUCAAAUCUAUAAUGCUAUAUAUCCUAACACUAAUCCAUCACAAUAAAAUAAGUGGGUGUGGGAGUGGAAUGGAAGCCUAACUUCUAACAAUGAAUAGUGAAAAAGCAU